AUGCAUGAGCAACCAGUGUCGGGACGGCAGCGUCUCGGUGCCAAAGGUGUGCACUGCUCAGGUGUCACCGGUUGGCUGCGUGAGGAGAGCAGAGAACAGGAGAUCAGCAGCUGUGCAGGUAUCAGGUCACCUGGUGCAAAAAGACUGUUUCAGCUCCACACUCAGACAAGGCAGCAGACUCGGUUUGUGAUGGAGACAAAUCAGAACAAGUCAAUGAGAAGAACUCGGAGGAACAGCCAGUCUCUUCUUCAGGAUCCGUACUACAGGGAAGUUCCUGGAGGACAUAGAGACACUCCUAUCCCAGGAAAGCCAAGAGAUGCUAAGAUGAUUCACUCCAUUGCAAGUCUGAUCAGGGCAAAGAGCAAACUGCUGCUGCUCGAGAACCCUGAUACUGUGGAAAUCUACAAGCUGAAGGAUCCCACAGCUGAUACCAGAAAGUCGACAAGAGGUGACCUUUAUCUUCCAGCCAUCUCAAAAAAAGCUCCAAGCCUGAACUCACUCAGCAGAGCUCUGAGUCAGUCCUGCCCUUAUCUGUAUGACAAACGGAGAGGAUCCUUCUCAUCAGUUACUUCACAGAGAACAAGAGUUCACACAGAAAAACAGCAGAGCAACCUAAAGGCCCAAAAGGAGGCAAAGAAGUCCAACGUGACAGUGACUAUGACCUACCUAGGACCAAGUCAGCGACGGUCACUCUCAAAGUCCACCAAGGAUGAACUGAAGGUGCUUCAGCAAGUCAAUGGAGGAGAAAAUCUCUGUGUCUUUAAGGGCCUUGUUAGCGCAGGAGAGCAGUUUCAGUUUGUGUCUCAGAGGCACAGAGGUUUCCCCUUCAGCGCCAGCUUGUUUGUCAACGGCAUGGUGGUGGCUCGGAUCAGCUCCUGCUGUGAGUACCGCUACGCUCCCGGCUUUCAGCAGGGCAGGAAAAGCUACUUCAGACUGAGCUGGCUGGCUGGUGGGACCCCCUGCUACAGAUGCACUAGUCUCCGAAACAAAUACAGCUCCUGCCAACAGCUGAACAACGGCACAAAGGAAAACUUAAUUCUCCCUCUCGAGCAGAACACUGGCAAUGGCACCAUCGAGUCGUGUCCAUCAUCCCCUCUUUUUAUCCCAGCCAAACCUGAGAAGAUAUCGGUGAGGAGAACUAGAAAACACGUCAAGGAACGCAGCGGAGGAUCCACUGACAGCGAAGAGGCUGUUUUUUCUGGGAUGAAAGAAAAAUUCAGGAGGAAAAAACGCAAGGGUCAAACCGAUCAGAAAGAGAGCAAAGGAAAGACAGGUGGGAAAAGCAGAGGGGAAGAUGAGCAAGGCGGCAAGGGCUCAGAGAGAUCAACUGGCUCUGAACAAUCUGAAGAGCAGACAGGACAGAAACCCAACCACUCAAAAACAAUGGGGAAAGCCACUAAGCCGCAGACAGAACAGCUGCCGUCAAACAAGACAAGUAAAACCGUUGUCCUAGAGAGGUGCCGGCUCCAGAAGAGGCUGUCGUCAUCAUGCCCCAAAGCUCAGAACUCCGAUGUGGAGCUGAGUGCGGAAAGUGACACAGAGGAGGAGGAGGAGGCGGAGGAGGAGGAGGAGGAGGACACUGCAGGCCAGGAUGCUGCCAAACAGGAGCCUGUUCAAGAACAAGACCUGCAGGCACAGCUUGAUGCCAUGAUGACGGUGUUGAGCACAUCUGAUGAGGUUGAGCAGCUGGUUCUGAGGAACACCGAACUGACAGAUGACCUUUUGUUCAGUCUCGCGGGGGUUCUGAAGAACAGUCCGUCUGAAGUCACGUUGCUCAAUCUCAACCUGAACCUCAUCGGCCCCUACGGCGCUCACAUCCUGCUGGACGUCCUGAGAGUAAAGCCGCAGGUCCAACGCUUACACUUGUUUGGGAACAAACUGCGUGACCACGGAGUGCUGACCCUCUUGAGUGGCGUAGCGGAGCUGCAGGAUCAAACUGCAGCAGCUGCCGCAGCCGUCUACCAGACACUGCUUUUCCCAUUAGAGCAAAAUGCGCUGCUGCAGCUCCCCACCGGGUGGAGCUCUUUUAGGGCUUUUACGCUUGUGGAACUGGAUAUUGGUGGAAAUGGCCUCGGCAGCGACGGGGUCAAGGUUUUAGCAUCGUACAUGAGAUCCCACUCACAGCUGCAGUACUUGGGGCUGGCACAAACGCGUAGCGCGGAUCUGUCUGCGUGGAAGGAACUUUUCGACAGCCUGAAAGGCAACAACUCUCUGACUCGGAUCAUCUUAGAUGAGAACAAUCUGGGGGACCCCGGAGUCAGGCUGCUGGCAGACAUGUUGAAAGAGAACACGAGUCUGCGGCAGGUGGACCUCGACAGGAACGGCAUCAGCGAUGUGGGAGGAAAUGACAUCAUGGGGGCGCUGCUCUGCAGAACUCAGGUAUCCCUGACACAUCUUAGCCUUGAUGAGAACGCCAUGAGUGAAGGAUUGAUGAGCAGGAUACAGGAGCAGAUAAAAUGCAAAUAAAACCUGCAAGAGCGACUGAGUGAGGUUGGAAAACACCAAAAAGUUGUGCAGAUUAAACAGCCUUGAUCCCUGGUGUUCACUGUUUGAUGACAGAUGAACAAGCUGACUCAUUUGAUUUGUUUUAUCAUCAAACACAUACACUCACACAAAUGUCUGUUCCUUCCUUUAAGUGGGUGGCCUUCCGAAGAAACGCUGCCUCUCGGUUUAGUGCAGGCAGGUAGUGUAGGAGGUCUGUUUGCUUUUGAGCCGCGCUGCGGUGUGGAGGCAUUUUCAAAGACGUUUCAAUGAACUGAACCUUUCUUCUGUGCAGCGAGGUUACAUCUGCACCUUCACCUUCCCAGCAGCAUGCCCCCUUGCGACUCAACACCCACCUCUUCUAAAACCGACUUCAUCGCGGGGCUCACCGCUCCCUCUGUCGUUUUUUAUUGAAUAAUUUGCUACCUCUUCACCAAAAAGAAACCGCUAUGAAUCAUUCCACCCACAAUAUUUACGAGUGGAUGACUUACCCGCAGCAUUUCCACCUCAGAACUUUACAGCAGUGGUCAACACAUGCCGAUCUUCACUCCUCCAUAUCAGAAGAUUGGUACAGACGGCAAAGCCGUGGCACAUCACCAACCCUCAUUUACUUCUUCUUGUCUUUUCACGUGCUAGACAGAGCUUCUAUUCAGAGGGCGACGGAGAAAAAAAAAAGACAAAACUGGGGAGAAUUUAUGUGAAUCUCAAGGCCAUCAUCUCAUUGUUCCAUCAUCACAGACAUUCUGAGAAUAACUGUACCUGUGAUCAAAGCUUGUCAGGGUGGUAAUUAUCUCGUCCUCUCAGGGCUGCCGUCGGUGAAUCUGCCGAAACCAACCCGUCCAUAUUUCAUCUGCAGUCUUAGCAAAUUCCUUUCUGUGGAGCCCUGAUAAAGAUGCCUCCAGAAGGAUGACAGAUAAAUGAGACUGACGUUUCUGAAGAUCGCAUCCACGCUUUGCUGUUUUAGACGGAGCUUCUGUUUGGGAUGUCACAAGGUGCCAUGAAAAAGUUUCUGCCUCCUUAACGGUUUGUUUUUUCAGCUUUUUAAAACCACUUAAAUGUUUCAGAUCAAACUGAUUUUACAGUCUGACCAAAAUGACCAGAGUAACAAUAAAAUGGACAAAUCAACAAUUCCUCUACUAGGAGGCUUCAGGUAGCUUGGUUUAGACCAAUACUCUGUUCUUCACAGUCGUCAUUUGAAAACUGCAUGUUGUAUUUCACCAAAUACUUAUUCAAGACGCUGUACAUUUCUUAGCCUAGGAAAUUUGUCACAACACAGAUUUUUUUUUCCUAAUUUUUUACUAUUUUAAGUCCUCUGAACCCACAUUUGAAUUAAAGAAAGAGGUACACCAUUAAGCCUGGAUAAGCACAGGCUGGUAAACAGGACCUGCCCUGUAAUUCAAAGACUCUUUUGGUUGGGGCGUUGUGCGUCUCUGUUACAACUGAACCUCACAUCACUGAUCCCAUUGUCUGUCUCCUAAUGUACUUGAAAGAAAUCCUGCAGCAUCACAAGCUUCUUUCAGUUACUUUUCAAAGAACAAGACCUUCAACCACAAAGACUCAAUCUGGAAGGAAUUUUCUGUGCGCUGUUCAGCCACCUGAGGUUGUUCAGUCUGUCCGUUUAUUGUGGAACAAUAAAGUUAAAUGCACAGUUCAUUGGUUUUCUGCAAUUUCCGUGCUACUAGUGAAUAAAUGCCUUAAAACUUUGAAAAGAGAAUGGAUUAUUUAUCCUGUUACAUGGUAAAUCCCUUGUUUGUGCAAACACCCUGAGCCAAUAAAGCUGUU